AUGUUCGUGAAGGAAGCUGCAAUAAACGAACAUCAAGUCAACACCCGGGCUGUUCGACUCCUCAAAUUGACUGCCCGCCAGGCGAUUGCUGAUAGAUUGCAAAUUGUCUCCCUGCAUUGGCUCUUGUCCAGGCAUUGUCUCAUGACCCCUAUCGUGUCCCGGGAGUGGCUGUCUGCUUGUAAAUCUAUAAUGCGGCCUGCGAUCUCUUUGUCGAUGGUAAAGUCAUUCCCAGGCCGCAAUAUAGAUUUACGAGCAGGCAGCCACUCCCGUGACACGAUAGGGGUCACGAGCCAAUGCCUGGACAAGAGCCAAUGCAGUGAGACAAUUUGCAAUCUAAUCAGCAAUCGUCUGGCGGGCAGCCAACUGCAAAUAUGGGUGAGAACACGAAUUAUGGUAACUUUGGGGGAUGGGGCAGCCAACGACAAAUAA